AUGGGAAUCACUGGUCUUUUGCCUCUUUUAAACACAAAAAAAAUCCGAAUAUCGGAAUUUUCUGGAAAGGUUGCGGCAGUGGAUGCAUAUUGCUGGCUUCACAAAGGUGCUAGUUUGUUCGCUGAAGACGUCGUGAUAAGGAACGACAAUAAAAAGUAAGUUCAAUCAUUAAAUAUUUAUAUAUUCUCCUCGAGGUUGAGGUAGUCUGACACAUGUUUAUAUUCUUCUAUUAGAUGCAUUGAGCUCUGUGCGGCAUAUUUGGAUGUUUUAGAGGAGAAUAACGUCACUGCAGUUGUUGUUAUGGAUGGCAGAAAGUUACAAGAGAAAAUAGUAAAUGAAAAUCGGGCAAGGUAUGACCUCCAAGUGUUUGAGACUUGAGAGUAGUUCGUCUUGUUAUAAUUUGUAUAUCUUGUUAUAAUAAAUCUGUUCCUUUGAAAUAUAUAGAGCACGAGACGAAAACCUUCGCACUGGUUUACAAUUGUGGAAUGAAAAUCAACGGGACGAAGCUGUACGUUUUCUCAAGCAGGGGGCAAAUGUAUUGACCAAAAUGGCUCUUGAAUUGAUCAAGGUAAACUGCGAAUAUAAAAAGUCUAUGAAGAUUUCUAGUAGAGCUCCAAAUCGUUUAAAUUAUUGGAAUAUAUUUUAAGUAGCUUUUUUUAUGCAUGGGAGAAUUAAAUUAAAAAAAAAAUGUUACAUUUUUUCCAAGAAGGGACAAUAUAAAUAACCUUUCUGGUAGGGAUGUUGAUAUACUGUAAUUCACUCAUGAGUCAUGACCAGAGAGUCAUGACUGUGGCUUGUGUUUAUUAUUUCUAUUUGAAAUUAUUUGAUAUUACAGUUAUGUAGAGAAAGACAUAUCACAUAUAUUGUGGCACCUUUUGAAGCAGAUGCUCAAAUAGCCUUCCUGCAACAGAAUGGAUUUGCAGACAUAGCCAUAAGUGAAGAUUCUGAUUUACUUGUUUAUGGAUGUGAUCAGGUUUGUUUUUUUAAACCCUGCCAAGGGGCGGUUUAUAUGCAACCAGACUAGCUCGCACAGUGAGAAAGCCUAGUGAGCAUGAAAUAGUUUCAUGUGAAAAUUUAAUCUUGCUUUAAUGAGUGGGACAAUUUUAGUUGUUUUACAGUUUGUUGCAGUAGUUGGUAUGUUGACCCAAUGAGUUUCAAUGUACCCAAAUGCACCCUAUUUUAUUAUUUUACUUUGUCUAAUGCCAGGUGAUUUUACUUGUCAAUAAGAGAGUAUUACACAAUCAAACCCCAAAAUUCCUCAAUGCCUCAUUUGGAUAAUUCCAUAUGUUCAUUGAGCUAUCUUUAUAUCAGAAACCUCCAUAAAAUAGACAACUGCAGAUUUAUUUCCUCUCAAAAUCCCUAUGUAAGCAGACAGUGACUGUACAUUUACUUGAUAUAGAAAUUAUAAUACAAGCAAGAUUUUGCAUAUAAUUAUGCACUUUGGACUAUCAAAGUGCAUAAUUAUAUGCAAAACCUUGCUUAUAUUAUAAUGAUAGUACACUGUGUGGUGUGGGUUAAUCUUAAAUUAGUGAAUUGUUUGUUAUAGGUAAUAUUCAAGUUCCGUUGUGAUGGAAGUGGUGAUCUAAUAGAUUUGGAAAGUGUGAAAAAUUCUGGAAUUUAA